AUGGAGGACGUCAGGAUCGGGAGCUUCGACUUGGACGCCGUCGGCGCGUAUCCGACGACGCUGCCCAGCCCGAGGAUGCCGUCGUCAGGGUUCAGCAAGAGCCUCAACCCGAUCUACACCGACCACGACACCACCACCACCACGACGGCGACAACAGAAACGGAUUCGUCACCAUCAGCCGCCGCGGCAAGCCAUGACGAAGGCGCGCACGCUGCGACGGCGUCAGCGGCACGGGACUGCCCGCCGCCGCCGCCGGCCCCGGCGCCUGUGCCCGCGCGGCGCCACACCGGCGGGGACGGGCGCUGGGAGGCCAUCCGCGCGGCCGAGCCCCCGCUCAGCCUGGGCCACUUCCGCCUCCUCAGGUGCCUAGGCUACGGCGACAUCGGCAGCGUCUACCUCGUCGAGCUCCGCGGUGGCCGCGGCGAGCUCUUCGCCAUGAAGGUCAUGGACAAAGGCUCCCUGGCCGGGCGGAACAAGCUGGCCCGCGCGGAGACGGAGCGCGAGAUCCUCGGCCUGCUGGACCACCCCUUCCUGCCCACGCUCUACUCCCACUUCCAGACCGACAAGUUCUGCUGCCUCCUCAUGGAGUACUGUUGCGGCGGCAACCUCCACUCGCUCCGCCAGAGGCAGCCCAGCAAGCGGUUAACCGAGGACGCCGCCAGGUUCUACGCGUGCGAGGUGCUGCUUGCGCUCGAGUACCUGCACAUGCUGGGCGUGGUGUACCGGGACCUCAAGCCCGAGAACGUGCUCGUCAGGGAGGAAGGCCACAUCAUGCUCUCCGACUUCGACCUCUCCCUGCGCUGCUCCGUCAGCCCGGCGCUUGUCCGCUCCCCGUCCGGCCGUAUCAGCGCCGGCGGCCUCGCCCACGGCUGCAUGCUCCCGCGCAUCCUCCCGGGCAAGAAGAAGAACAAGGGAGACAAUAAGGCCAAGCUGGACGACGACGAGACGGUGACUAGCGUCGGCUGCAAGAAGCCGUCGUCGCUGGAGUUCACGGCCGAGCCGACGAGCGCGCGGUCCAUGUCGUUCGUGGGCACGCACGAGUACCUGGCGCCGGAGAUCAUCCGCGGCGACGGCCACGGCAGCGCCGUCGACUGGUGGACCUUCGGCAUCUUCCUCUACGAGCUCCUGCACGGCGCCACGCCCUUCAAGGGCUCCGGGAACCGCGCCACGCUCUUCAACGUCGUCGCGCAGCCGCUCAGGUUCCCCGACGCGCCGGCGGUCAGUGCGCCGCGGCCAGGGAUCUCAUCCGUGGACUGCUGGCGAAGGAGCCGCACAACCGGCUCGCGUCCCGGCGCGGCGCCGCGGAGGUGA